GGUAAAAAAGGAGAGCAGUACUGCUGUCAGUGACCGUCUACUUUGUGAAAGUUUUGUCUCUCGGCUAGGAUGUGUCAUUAGCGCGCUGGCUUCACGUAAAUGGCUUAAAAACGAUCCUGUCUAUUUAUAACUCUGGAGACUUUUUGUCCUUUGACGGUUGAACAAGUUGGGGUUUAAGUCGUCACCAAGUAGCGCUAGAAAUGCAUUUACUUGGCAUUUUGGUGCUGAUGUUUUGCGACUUAUCACUGAGUGUUCCUGUUCCAGUAGAUACCAUCAUAGUGCAGGUCCAGCAGCGGGGAGUGGUGGGUGCUCAGCAGGUUGUGGAGCAGGUCCUUCUCAAUGGGUUCUCUCUUACUGGCAAAAGCCAGGAAGUUGACAGCAUCAUCCAAAUGAUGUCGGCUGAUGCACUCCUUCCAACUCUUAUCGCUUUCAACCAGACUUCAGUCAUGAGAAACCACACUGUCCUUCGUUCUCGUGAAUGCAUACUGGAGGGGUCUCAGCUGCACUGGGCCGACCGGGUGUUCUAUGAUGGGAAGGUCUAUCUGAAUCUGGACAACACCGACACGUGGACGGCCCACGUACCAGAAGCGCUGGCUUUCAAAGCGAUGUGGGACCAGGAAGAGCAGCGCACAAAGACGGAGGGGACCCACCUUCAGGAGCGGUGCAUCAAGCUGAUGAGAGAGCUGAUGCUUUCAGAGGAGCAGUCAGUUCCAGGGUUUUCUUUGCCUCGGCUACUGAUGGCAAUCUUGACGCUCGUGGCAUUUGCAGGAUUUGUCACAAUCAGCCUCCUCCUCACCAAAAAGCAGGGUUUGAGGCACCCAGGAGGUGUUAUCGGCUCAAUUAUACAUUACCCUAAAGACAUGACUGAAACGGCUGCAGACAUAAAAGGCGGCGGUUACAGCACCUUAGCUGAGAGCUGUUGAACAGGGUCACGUUUGAGCUUUCUACUCCAUUUCUCCUGUUGAAUUUCCACUUACUGAUUUAGCACUAUGGGCAGUGUUGCCCAAUCAAUGCAACCAAGCUUUUGCUACAGCACCAACAGCCACCGUUUGUGACGCGUGUGGUCUGGAUUCCAGACUGCAUUAUUUAAUGCACUUUAAUGCCUCUAUCACAUAUUGCAUAUACUGUUUAACUUAAUUAUUUAAUACGCACCAAGACAACAUGUAAACAUGUUCACUGUCUGCAGCAAUGUACAAACAAGCUUCUUCUUGCACAACUAAUAACUUUAAGGGCAGACGGAUAAUAUUGUCUGGACUAAGCUUUUCAAUGAAACAACAUAUGUGAUAAAAUAUACAAUGAAAAUGUUCAAUUUCAGGUGUGUACCGUAUCUAAUGCACGUUAAGACAGAGAAUGUCACAAAUUGUCUUACAGUCUGUAGAUAAAGCCCUGCUGAACUCAAGUGUUUUGUUGUGCCACUGAUAAACCAAUCGCACUGAACUCUGCCAAACACUGAAUGGACUCCUCCAAGUGUGUCCAGUUAUCCAAAGAGUUGGACCGUGCUGCUUUUGGUUUGAGAUGCCAUCCUUAUGGCUCUCAUAUUUCUUUGUGAUACUGUCUAGAUGAUUUAACCUAUUAUUUGCUCAUGUGAAAUUUUAAUAAAAUAUAUGAUUAAAGAUACUUUUAUGGUAGGAUAAUGUAUAUCGUCUCUAUAGACUCUCUGUCAGGUCACCUUAAUGCUGAUUUAAUCCAGAAUGAACUAUUUCCCCCUUUUAUUUUUAGCCGAUUUAGGGAUGGUUUGGGCAUCGCCUCUCACACAUCUAAUUAAAAGUAAUAUUUAAAAUGAAGCCUUUAUACAAACUGUGCAACGCUUUUUUCUGCCUUAUAGAAGACUUAGGAGAUGGUGUAGUGGCCGUUUGACCAUUCUCCAACUUUCUUUUUUUUGCAUUACGCAGCCAUCAACAAACAUAUGCCUGCAUGAUACACUAUUCAAAUAUCCAGAAGCUAUUAACACAAACUGUUGUAUGAGCGUAAGUUAUUAUAAAAUGUAUAUAAUGUCACGACAACAUAAGCAUUGGACCAGAUAUGGAUAUGUGCAAGUGGCCUGUUAUGACUUAUAGCAACAGGAAAAGAGUAGGAUAUUUACUUUACGUCUCAUCAAUGAUCAGAGUUUCAAACAUGACUAACAAGUUUGUGUAAUGGUUUAAUGAGUGUUUAACAUUUGGUAUUCAUUUCCAUAAUUAGUGUUCAAAGUAUACACGCAACCUUUUUUGUAACAGUCAAAAAGAGCUGUAUGUAGGCUGCCUCUUAUUGUUGUCAUGCUUUUCUAGCAUAUAUAGUCCUUCCAGACAAUACAUUAAGGACCAGACAUGGUUAAAUCAGAGGCAGAAUGUUUCUUUUGAUGUCAAAAUUGGUCUCUAUAAGAAUGUAGUGCUCAUUAAGAGCGAUUCAUUUCAACAAACCAGAUUUAACAUGUUGACAGAAGUUUCGUGGGAGACCACUGAGAAUAAAUGCUGUCAAUCUGAUUUAUUUUAUUUUCAGCAAUUUCUGCUUCCUUGUUGCUGAAAAGUGGUUCUUUAUUCACACAGUAGUCUGUUAAUAUGUUAUUGUAUGCAUCUUCAAGUCUGUGUAUUAUUCUCUAUGUAUUAGUAAAGUAUUCUGAGUGUAUUGAUUCAAAUAAAAGAAACAUAACUGUA